AUGUCACUAUCUGGAAAAGUUGCUAUUGUGACAGGCGGCACUAAGGGCAUUGGUCUCGCUGCUGCUUUGACCCUUCGAUCUCUCGGAGCCUCUGUGGUUGUAACGUAUGGAUCAGAUACGGCAGCUGCUGAAGAUGCGGUCAAAGCGUUAGGUGGUUCCGAGCACAGCUUGGCGGUUAGAUCAGACGCUGGUAAUAUUGCAGAUAUUCAGAAAUUGGUUGACGCAGUUGUUGCCAAGUUCAAAAAAAUCGAUAUUGUUAUUAACAAUGCUGCUCUUAUGACCUCUGAAGCUCCUUCUGACAUUACUGAAGAGUCUUACGACCGUGCUUUCAACACCAAUGUCAAAGGUCCUCUUUUCCUCACCAAACUGGCAAUCCCUCAUAUCUCGGAUGGCGGAAGAAUCAUUUUCAUCUCUACUAGUUUGACAGCUGCCAGUGCCAUUUUGCCUAAAUAUGCUUUAUAUGUUAGUACCAAGGGCGCCAUUGAACAAUUCAGUCGUACUGCGGCUAAAGAAUAUGGUGCCAAGGGUAUCACAGUCAACACAAUUUCACCUGGCCCAACUGAAACUGAUCUCUUUAUUAAUGGCAACAGUGACCAGUCUAUUGGCAUGAUUAAAAAUCUUACUCCUGCCAAACGUCUUGGUCAACCUGACGAUAUCGCCAAAGUGUUAGCGUUCAUCGCAUCCCCAGACUCUGCCUGGAUUAAUGGCCAAACCAUCAAGGUGAAUGGAGGUUUUGUUGUUUAA